AUGGAGGUCCGCCUUUUGGUUAAAGCUCUGGCCUUUAUUCUCUUGAUGGUUAUUGGAAUUCCUGGUAAUUUUUUCAUCCUCCUAAAAUUUUUCUACAUUAAAUUAAUUGAGAAGCGGCUUCUACCAGCGAAUAUUAUCCUCAUGGUCCUCGCCCUGUCAAAUAUUUUGGUUGUUUUCUCUCGUGUCAUACCACAAGCUCUAUAUGCUAUUGGCAUAAAAGACUUACUGGAUGAUAAAGAGUGUAAACUGGUUCUUUUCACCUUUCGGGUCAGUAGAGCUAUGUCUAUCUGUGUUACCAGUUUGCUCAGCUGUCACCAGUGUGUACUUGUUGCUCCCAUUAACAGAUACUGGUCGUACUUGAAAGAAAAGUUAUCGAAGAAUGUUACACUUGUUAUCAUUCUGCUGUUAGCUAUGAAUAUAUCUCUUUAUCCUUCUACUGUUUUGUAUGGACAAGCUACAUCAAAUUAUACUUCCCAGUAUUCGUUGCAUCUGGUUUACUGUGAUGCAGACUUUGUAACGUACAUCUCCUUUCUCUUAAAUGGGUUGGUAUCAGUCAUUCGGGAGAUCAUAUUUGUAGGACUUAUGACUUUGUCAAGCAGUUAUAUGGUUUCUAUAUUAUAUCAGCAUGGAAAAAAUAUUAAAGGAAAGCGUGCUUCUGACCGGGGUCAGACAAGGUCUACAGAAUAUCGGGCCUCCAGGGCAGUUAUUUUAUUGGUUGCAUUGUAUGUUUUGUUGUAUGGCAUGGAUAAUUCUAUGUGGAUUUAUACUCUUUCAUUGUCUGUUGUAAGCCCUGAAAUGAAUGAUACUCGGAUAUUUCUUGCAGCGUCAUAUUCGGCCUUGAGCCCUAUUGUUAUUAUUGCCACAAAUCCAAAACUUCACAAAGGAACUCAAAGUAAAUGGAGGAAGAAAAUUGUUGAGAUUCAGAAUGGUGGUUUUAUAGGUUUUGUUAGCAGUGUCACUCAGUCUUCUGUAGAUCUAAUAGCUACUUAG